AUGCCUCUCUCAGCUCAGGGUGCACAGAAGAUCAAGACGGUACUCGAUGCCGCUACCAAGGAGGGACCCACGGGUAUGAACGGCCUCACCUUCGUGGCGGUCGACAAAGAGGGCAAAUCUCUUAUCGAACAUGCCUCCGGCAUGCGUUCUAUAAACUCGCAAGAGCCUAUGGACAUGGAAACAAGCUUCUUUCUGCAGCUUGUAGAGCAAGGUAGUAUACCACUCGACGAUGCUGAGUUCAUUAAAAAGCUCGCACCGGAAAUCGGCGCGAAGAAGGUGUACGCUGAUGGGGUCAAUGGCGUUGAUCAACAGGGCAGUGUCACGAUGAGAAUGCUGCUCAAUCACACCGCUGGCUUCGCAUAUGCUUUCUUCGACCCCAGGGUUAGCAUGCGAGGAAGACCCAUUGGUAUUGGAGAGUUCAACGGUGACGAAGAGGAUAUCAUCAAUUCACCGAUGGUCAACCAGCCAGCCGAUUUACGCAAUUUGAAACCAGGGAGCAUGUGGGAAUACGGCAUUAACAUCGACUGGGCGGGCAUCGUCCUUGAGCGCCACACCGGACAAAAGCUGAACGAUUACAUGCAAGAACACAUCUUCAAAGCCCUAGGCAUUUCCGACGUCACAAUGUUUCCCACAGAGAACAUGAAGUCCAACCUCGCAUACAUGCAUCAACGCGACCCAACAACUGGAGCAUUGAGCGAGCGCGAUCAUUUGUACCAUCGUGCAUUCUGGCAGAACACAAAAGAGCAGCAGCAGAAAUUCUUCCACUCAGGCGGAGGUGGCUUGUUCGCGAAGCCGAAGGAGUAUCUCAAGGUUCUGACGGCACUCUUGAAUGACGGAGUCAGUCCCACGACUGGAAAUCGUAUCUUGAAGAAGGAAACGGUGGAUUUGAUGUGGGAGAACCAGAUUCCGAAUCAGCCGAACUUUGCGCGUGGUGGUCCGCCGGCGGCGGAUCCGCUGCUGUCGAACAGUGUGCCUGAGAUGUAUCCCCAGACUGGGAACCCACCACAAGGAUGGGGUCUGAGUAUGUUCCUCACGAUUGCCCCAGGAGAUACCGGACGUGGCGCCAACACUGGAUGGUGGUGCGGACUUGCGAACCUUUUUUGGUGGGUCGAUAGGGAGAAGGGUAUUGCCGGAAUGCUCUCGGGCCAAGUCCUCCCCUUCGGCGAUCCAAAGGUAAUCCAGGCGUGGUUUGCGGUGGAGAAAACGCUUUAUGACAACCUUGAGUAG